AUGGCAGUACCCAUGGAUUCCCCACCAUUCCCACCCCAACCCUCAAAACUAACCCUAGCACAAACACCCACCAUGAAAGUCCAAUCCGUUUUCCUAUUCAUCGUCAUCGCCACCACCAUUGUCGCCGGCGUUUCCGCCAUGGAAGACGAUGUAAGGUGCCUUCGUGGUUUGAAAGCCUCACUCACAGAUACACAAGGCAAGCUCACCACAUGGUCAUUCACCAACGACUCCGUCACCUCCUUAUGCAAACUCGUCGGAGUUUCGUGUUGGAACGAGAAAGAAAACCGGCUCAUCUCCAUCCAACUCCCGGAGUUUUCACUCUCCGGUUCGUUACCGGACUCCCUACAGUUUUGCCGUUCUCUGCAGUCCCUCGAUCUGUCGAGAAACUCGAUCUCCGGUUCCAUUCCACCUCAAAUCUGUACAUGGUUGCCGUAUCUAGUAACCCUAGAUCUCUCCGGGAACUCUCUAUCUGGAAACAUUCCGCCAGAGAUUCAAAACUGUAAGUUCUUAAACAACCUCCUUUUAUCCGAUAACAGUUUCUCCGGUACGAUUCCGUACCAGAUCGGCCAGCUUGAGAGGCUUAAGAAGCUAGACGUUUCCAACAACGAACUCUCCGGCUCCAUUCCGGACGAUUUAUCGAAGUUCGAAGCCGAAUCCUUCACCGGAAACAAUGGAUUAUGUGGUCAACCUCUUAAUUCGAAAUGCGGGAGUUUGAAUAACAAAAAUCUCGCCAUUAUUAUAGCUGCUGGAGUUCUAGGAGCCGCUGCAUCUUUAUUUCUAGGGUUUGCGAUCUGGUGGUGGUUCUUUCUGAGAACUGAUCGGAGAAAGAGUGGUGAUGCUGGCAGUGGUGAAGAUCGAGGCAAUUGGAUUGAUAUCUUGAGAUCUUACAGGCUUGUUCAGGUAUCACUAUUUCAAAAACCCAUCGUCAAAAUCAAACUGAAUGACAUACUAGCUGCAACCAACAAUUUCAAUCCAAACACCAUCGAAAUGACGACAAGAACAGGGGUUUGUUACAGAGCAAUGUUACAGGAUGGAUCCGUUUUAGCAAUCAAACGAUUAAGCCCAUGUAAAAUCAACGAGAAACAGUUCAGAUCCGAAAUGAACAGAUUAGGGCAACUAAGACACCCAAAUCUAGUCCCAUUAUUAGGGUUUUGUAUAGUUGAAGACGAAAAACUUCUAGUAUACAAACACAUGCCAAAUGGGAGUUUAAAUUCCCUUCUAUACGCCACCAACAAAACCACCACCGAUCUUGACUGGCCAGCCAGACUCAAGAUCGGUAUUGGUGCAGCCAGUGGUUUAGCCUGGCUGCACCAUGUCUGUGAACCACCUUACCUUCACCAAACCAUAAGCUCAAAUGUGGUUCUGGUGGACGAUGAUUUCGAAGCCCGGAUAAUCGAUUUUGGGCUGGCCCGCCUCGUGGGGGCCCGCGAUUCGAAAAAUAGUUCGUUUGAAAACGGCGAUUUGGGCGAAUUCGGUUAUGUGGCCCCCGAGUAUUCAUCCACCAUGGUUGCUUCAAUGAAAGGUGAUGUUUAUGGUUUUGGGGUUGUACUUUUGGAGCUUUUAACCGGGCAAAAACCGCUUGAAGUAAAUAAUGGAGAGGAAGGAGGGUAUAAAGGUCAUUUGACGGAGUGGGUGAAUCGGCUUGUGGGGUCGGGGAAAAGUAAGGAUGUGAUUGAUAAAUGUAUACGUGGGAAAGGACACGAUGAUGAGAUUUUGCAGUUUUUAAGGAUUGCUUGUAGUUGUGUGGUUUCGAGGCCUAAAGAAAGGCCUUCGAUGUAUAAUGUUUUUCAGUCUUUGAAAAGUUUGGGGGAAGCACACGGGUUUUCGGGACACUUUGAUGAUAUUCCGGUGAAAUACGCGACACAAGAUCAUCAUCACAGAGACUAG